AUGACUGUUGAAGCAACCGUUUUCAAGGGCUCGGAAACUGGAAUCGUGCAAGGCAAAUCUGUUUUGGCAACACCGACGGGCACGCAAGUGCUAGUACGAAUAACGCACUCUGGAAUUUGCGGCACUGACGAACACUAUAAACACGCCGAUAUGGUACUAGGCCACGAAGGUGUUGGCAUUGUCGAGCAGAUCGGUGAAGGUGUCCUCGACCUCGCUGUUGGUGAUGUGGUUGGGUGGGGUUACAUCCACAAAAGUUGUGGUCGCUGUGAACAGUGUCUGAAAGGACAAGACAAUUACUGUCGAGCAGGCGUCGAGAUGUAUGGCCUCAACAACUUCCACCAAGGCUCCUUCGGGUCUCAUGCAGUCUGGGACGAAUCCUAUCUAUUCAAAGUUCCUGCUGGCCUCGCACCAGAGCAUGCUGCUCCUCUCAUGUGCGGUGGCGCAACAGUUUUCCAAGUCAUUGAAGACUUCAACAUUCGACCUACCGAUCGAGUUGGGGUCAUUGCACUCGGUGGCUUAGGACACAUGGCCGUUCAAUUCCUGGCGAAAAUGGGCGCAGAGGUGGUCGUUUUCUCAAGUACGGAUGCCAAACGCGAAGAAGCGCUUAACCUUGGAGCUAAAGAGUUCUACGCGACGAAAGGUGUUGAGAGGUUCGAAGGCGUCAAGUCACUGGAUCAUCUUCUUGUAACAACCAGCUCUAUUCCAGACUGGGCACCAUUCCUUGCUCUCAUGAAGCCUAAAGGCGCGAUUUACCCCCCUUACUGUCGACUCGUCCAACCUCGUCUUCCCUAUGAUGUCUAUCCUCAUGGGCGGACUGACCAUCCAAGGGUCUGCAGUCGCCGGCCGCGCUAUUCACAAGCGCAUGCUUGA